AUGUCCGUCUCGUAUGACGCAGAGAGUACCCUAAACGAUGCGACCUGGGUGGCUGCGAUCCUGAGUGAACGUGACGUAGCUGGCCAGAUCCCGAUCAACUUCGUCACCAACCCUGCUGUGUCGCUUUCCUCGGCCUGCUUCGGCGCAGGCUUAUACGAUCGAGAGGAUGCUGCCAAAUGCAUUUCCAAUCUCCUAGCUGUCGGAUUUCGGCGACUUGUCGUGGACCUGUAUUGGUCCAUCUCGCGCAGGACAUGGAUCUUCUGCCCCGUCAAUAUCCCUUUGAGAGCCGAUGUCACACUCAGCGCGUAUACAUCAACGACAACAGAAGCUUUGUCGACGAGCACCGUGACGACUACGACCGAAUCAUCGUCGACGACAUUGGACGCGACGGCGGCCUCCGUAACCGGUUACUCGGAUAUCCACGGAGACACGGUUUACGAGCUAGGGCCUUAUCGCUGCACGGAUGACCUGGAUCUAUCCACCUUAGCUGAAUUAUUAGUCGGCUACUUUCAAGACACAACAUCCGAUCUGACUACAUACACAACCUAUCUGGUAUUGAACCUGCAUGCAGCUCGCAGCGAUUCUGCGCCGACGGAGCCUGCAUCCGCCGUGACUCGGGAUGACUUGCCUUCAUCGCAAACAGAACGAGUGGGCUCGUCUCUCGGGCUUGACCUGCGAGAGUACUUGUACAGUCCCUCUCAACUCGCCGAAGACCGAAGAAACCUCAACGAAUCUUGGUAUGAGGUUGAGGAGAGUUAUAUGCCCAUUGUGGAAUACUUUACUAUUUAUAAAGAUCAGCAGGGCUUACAAAGCACUCCGGAUGGAUGGCCAUCAUCCAAGUACAUCCAGCUUGCUAAGUCUGACCGAGUUAUAAUGGAGUACGGCUCGGUCGACCCGCAGCUUGCCACUUAUGACCUUGUGCAAGAUCAAGAUGUCAUAUUUCCUCCUGGUUGGCUGACAGCCGAGACGCAAAUCUCAGUGGACACAAAUGGAUCUGUUACUUCCGGGUGUCUGUACAAGGCAGGUUCCACGGGAAUCUCCCAGGCGAAUUCAUCGUGGGCAAUAUCGAAUGGUAUCCCCGUGGCAUACAGCACAUCCCAUGAUAUUACCAUGCAGUCAUUAGAUGACACCAUUGCAGAUAUUACGGGAUGUGGCAUGUCGCCCUUACUCAAUUCUACCCUGUUUGGACAGACUGCGGACGUCAAUGUGGACCCUUAUCGUAAUUUCUCCCUUGCGGUGGGAUGGGCAUGGGCGACUGGGGAACCAGAGGGUGCAGAUUCUGGUGGUGGCACUCAAGGUGUUCCCAGUUUUGACCGCUGCGCCAUCAUGGAUCUUUCACUAAGUGGCCGCUGGCGUGCCACAAACUGUACCGAGCAGCGACGGGCUGCAUGCCGCGUGGGAAAUUCGCCGUUCGAGUGGGCGAUAUCCAAUUCAACGGGAGAGUAUAAGUUCGCGUCAGGCAUGUGUCCCGCUGGGUCCAGCUUCGCCGUUCCCAGGACCGGCCUUGAGAAUACUUAUCUCUAUCAAUUUCUCCUGACUCAGCCCCAGUCUACAAUCAAUCCUGCGUCUACGGACCCUUCUCAACGUGAGAUAUACAUCGACUUCAACUCUAUUCAAGUCACCUCGUGCUGGGUCUCUGGUGGCCCUUCAGCAAGCUGUCCCUACGCGUCUGACCCGCAAGAAUUGGAACGCAGGACGGUGCUGGUCGCCGCCAUUGCUGGCUUUGUGAUCUUAGUCAUCACCGCUCUAACUCUAUUUAUUAAGUGCAAUGCCAAUCGCCGCAAUUCUCGGCGCCGAAAGCGUGUCAUCGAGGGCUGGGAAUAUGAGGGUGUUCCUUCAUAG